CAUUUCCCUGCUCUGUCUGUCACUCAGUUUCCUCUCCGGAGCCGCCUCUCACUCUCUGUCAGCUCUUUCUCAGCCAGGUCGGGCCGGGUUGUAUAAAAAAGGAAGGGGAGGCAGCUCGGCUCUCAUUCGGCAGCGAUUGGAGUGAAGAAGCGCGAUGUCUGGGAGAGGUAAAGGAGGCAAAGGCCUGGGAAAAGGCGGAGCGAAGCGGCACCGGAAAGUGCUCCGUGAUAACAUCCAGGGCAUCACCAAACCAGCCAUCCGGCGCCUGGCUCGCCGUGGCGGGGUCAAGCGCAUCUCGGGCUUGAUCUACGAGGAGACCCGCGGGGUGCUGAAGGUUUUCCUGGAGAAUGUGAUCAGGGAUGCGGUCACCUACACUGAGCACGCCAAGCGCAAAACGGUCACCGCCAUGGAUGUGGUGUACGCUCUGAAACGCCAGGGCCGCACUCUCUAUGGAUUCGGCGGCUGAGGAUAAAGCGACCCAUUUCCAGCGAACCCAAAGGCUCUUUUCAGAGCCACCCAAACUCUCCGAUAGAGAGCGGAGACCUGAGGACGGGGAAGGCAGUGCAUACUGAGGGGAAUGUUACUGUAGCCGGUUAUUUCACGUUUAUCGCGACUUUUAAAAUUAUUUCAGUUUCGAAAAUGUACCAAUACCGUGUUCUGCGGUACAGUAGACGGUAUUUGGAGUGGCCGGUUCACUUUGUUGCUGUUUGCCGUGGCGAAUGAUUUUAAAAUUGCAAGUAUUCCUACAGAGUAGAUAAGAGGCUAUUCGGCCAAUCGAGACUCUACUGUUGUGCAGCCUGAUUAUUCCAUGUAAAGAAUCGCAUCUUUGUAAUUGUAAGGUGUAGUAUCAGCAUUCGGCCAUUCUGCCCGUCCAGCUUGUUCUGCCAUUCGAUCAUGGCUGAUAUUUCUCAUAAUUAUUCUUGUGCCUGCUCUCCGUGACCUUGAUCCUCUUUCUCGUGAAUACCUGUCCAUUUCAGUAAUGAUAUUAGUGUGUACUUGGCUUUUUAUUUAUCGUGGAACCCAGACAUUAAUGUUACAUUUCCCUGGCAUAACACACAGCUCAGUUUUGUUACUGGGAGCUGCAAAUGUGUU